AUGAGGAUGGCGGAGACGGUUGACAUCAACGAUACUACCAUUCUUGGCCAAGAUGUAGUAUCGACGCGGCCGAGCGAGAAUGGUGGCGACAACUCGGGCGAGACCAUCGAAGAGCGAUGCUUCUCAGCCGCUCUCAUCUGCCUGGAGGGCCAUUUCACACAGUCUCCUCCCAUGGGCCCUCAAACCACGGCCAGGGUGAACUCGAUGAUCUCCAAGACGCUGGAAAAGACUCACACGCUGAGGAAAGCCAGAGAGGCCUUGGCACGGAAUGUAGCAAUCUGGAUAUGGCUUACCAGGAUCUUUGCUGCUGCCAUUCCCAGCUUGACAUCGAGAUCAGUGGGGCCUCUAUCAGCGUUGAAUGAUCCUGACAAGGGAGUCAGCCCUCAAGAAAGCACAGCCUUGAUCGUCCUCAACCAUGUUUCUGUUAAGGAAGACCUGGGAACCCUCAUCAAGCUGAUGCACAUUGCGCGCAACCUCCUUGUUAAUGCUGAGCCCGAGGUUCCUCAGGAUAUCUGCGCGGCAGUGCAUUUUGACCAGAUGGUCUAUCAGACGAUUAUCCUCUGUGUCAACGUAACGAGCAAGGGCUACGAUGGGGAGAUAUUGGACGAGGCCCAGAGACUAAAGCUCACAGACAUUACUGAAUUAUAUAAAAAACUGCUUGUGACUUCGCUGCAGCAAGUUCACAACUGGACUGCCAAGCAUGAUCGCAACAAGAUGUCCUUCUGGUUUGAUGUCUUGUUUGACGAUGACGGCGCGCUGUCAGGACCUGAAGAGAUUAUGACAGACGGCUCGGGAUUCCGCCCAGAUGCGGCCAAGCAUCAAGUUCAGCACUGGCUGGAUCGGAAUUCGAAAAUGUGCGACACAGCGAGGAAGUUGCUUAGACACUACGCCGAAAACCAUGCAGACAAACCCCCAGGAAACUUGGCCCCCAUACGGCCAUUGGCCUGGAACUGGCUUCCGGAUACCCUUGAUCCCACUUCCAUCAUCCUGGAUGAUGACGCUGAGAAGGUCAACCCGGUAUGGAAGCCGGAUGAGCCGGACAAGUACCAACAGGACCGGUUGUACGCUCGUGUGUCCCGUGAGAUUGACACAUGGUGGCUCCGGGCGCGGGAUCCGAAUUAUGAGGACUGGGUGGUUGGCAUGCCAUCCGUGGAGUUUGCGCAGUCACGUACAGAGCAUUGCCGCAACAACUUGGUUCAUCGAUAUGCUCAUUCUUACCGAGCGGACCACUCGCCGCCUCCAGAGGGUGCCGAGGAAGACCUCUCUGAUCAUGAGCACUGCCACGAGUGCCAUGAGUGCUAUCUUCGUCACAACCAUCACCAUGAAGAUGAUCAUGAAUGCCAUCACCACCACCAUGAUCACGAACAUGACCAUGAGCAUGAGCACGAGCAUGACCAUGACCAUGACCAUGUGCAUGACCACGACCACGACCACGACCACCAUCACCACGAACAUGCAGCAUCUGGCAAUGAGAUUGAGGAGUGCGACCACCACCACCAUCAUCAUCAUGAUAAUGAAGACGACCACCACCAUCAUCACUGCCACCACCACCACCAUCAUCAUCACCAUGAUCACGACUAUCCCCACGAUUACAUGGACGACAUGAUGGAUGAUGAGGAGGUCGAUGAUGACGAAUCGUAUGGAGAUGGUCCAUUGACUGGUCUUUUGACAGAGGUGCCUAAUAUUCUCGAUCCAAAGCAGAUUGAGGCAUUGCACAUGAUUGUGAAGUCGUGCAUUCUCGACCACGCGGGAUCCGGGUUGACACGGGCGGGAGAAAAUUUGCAGAAGACUCGAUGCAGAAUGUUCCUUGCACUGGAUUGUGGAAAGAGUCUACUCCGUGAACUGCUCGUCUUCAUUGCUGUGUGGGAUAAGGACGAGCAAAGCCUCAUUUUCCAAGUCACAACCCAGAUCGUCGAGGCUAUUCACCACAGCGCCCUGGUGCCCUAUGCGUGGAACUCCCUAAGAAUCCCCAAGGACAUCAUCUCCCCUGCGCAAACGGUCCUCUUGCGCCUUGUCAACCAUAUGCUUCGGGCGCGGGCUGCCAGUUCUACUACACAGGAUUCCAAGGACCAGACCAGGGAUCUCAAGUUGGUGCACUUCUUCUUUAGUUUCUUUCGGAGUCGCAUCGUCCCCGAAUGCGCGGCUCUCAUGCAUUUGCAAGCUCAGAUUCGCGAGGAGAAUCGUGAUCCAGCCGAGUUCCCGGUCGAUAGCUGGGACAUGGAACGAGCUAAGGAUGGGCUGUCCCAGUAUCUGGAAUUUCUCACGACGGUGGCCGAGAUGGUGGACAUGAGGCCCCAUCUCAUCGAGUGGCAGGCUAUUUAUGAUCUUAUCACGAUCCUCAGCAGCCUAGAAGCCGCAGUGCCGAAGAAACCACUCGUCGAAGUACCCAAACGCGCUCCAGCAGUAGAGACCACCUCUAAUGCCGGCAAUAAUGCCAGCAACGACCCGAUGGUGGAGCGGCCAUACGCAACUGGAGACGAGGGCGCAUCUCCAUCACCCCCACCGCCCCCUCUGCAAGAGCCGGCUCACAAGUUCCCAUGGUCCGGCAUAAAGGGACAGAUAUUCACCAUCAUUGCUACGCUACUGCAGCCACCGCCUGGACAAAGCACUCCCGGCAAUGCUCAAGUGCAGAUGCAAAUGAUGAAGUACAACGGUAUCGUGCCCCUGCUCAACUGCUGCGCAUACGACGACCACAAUCCAUUCGCUAAGGAGCGAGUAACCAUUUGCUUGAAAUGGCUGUUGGACGGCUGUGAGGCUGCCAACAACUUCUUCCGCGAGCUGGUCAACUUGGCACCGCAGCCGAAUCUGAGGCCACCGCCCGGAGGCACCACGGUGUCGACGAUCAAGCUGGAUGGAGUGCAGGGAGAGGUCAAGGUGCAAGUGCGGUCAAACACGGCGCCGCCAUUGGCAGACCGCGGUGCUAGCAGCACUGAUGAGCUGCUUGAGAAGGCGGCCGAGCUUAACCUGGGGCUGAAUCAGAGUAAAAGCGGUGGUCGAAGCAACAUUGAGGAAGACUUUAUGGCAUAG